GAGAGAGCUACCCACCAAAACAAAGAGGUGAUGGCUCAAACAAGUAAUGGAUCCAAUGCUUUGGGUUACAGAGACGCCUAUAGAGCAGCCACUGAAGGGAAUUUGGAAAUUCUCAUGAAGUUUUGCUCCCAACAUUCCAAGGCAGUACCAAUCGAUGCUUCAGGAGACACAGUCUGCCACUUACUUGCUCGAAAUUUCCAUGCUAAGGUCGUCAGUGAGCUUCUUCUUAAGUUUCCUUACCAUGACCUUAUGACGAUGAGAAACAGUGAAGAAGAGACAGCACUCCAUGAAGCUGCCAGGGUUGGUUGCAUAGAGAUUGCUGAUCUCAUAUUCCAGAAACAGGACGACCUCAUCACAGACCGUAAUAAGCUCGGCGAGACUCCCAUCUUUUUAGCUGCGGCUUUUGGACAGGAGAAAAUGUUACGCUUUUUCUUUAAUAAAAGGUCAUAUUCUGGAAAUUAUGAUGACCUUAGAAGGAAUACUGACGGCUCUACCAUUCUCCAUGCUGCCGUGAUUGGUGAAUUUUAUGGUCUGGCUUUGGUGAUAAUGGAGUUAUAUCCGGAACUUUCUUUCGCUACAAAUGAUAAAGGAAUUACAGCUCUUCAUCUAUUAGCGAAAUCGCCGUUGUCGUUCAGGAGUGGGACAAUUUACUCUUCGGUGAAUCUGGGCUCAUCAACCUUCAUUCUCCUGGAGAUUUUGGCUGUUGCUAUCUACUCAUGUGUUCCAAUGGAUGAUUCUGUGUGUAUCAAAGAGGAUCCUGAAGAUCCACGAUGGGACUGCAGCAAGGACAGAUAUACAGCUCUCCGAGAUGGCAAAAAGGGGAGGAUGAAACAAUUAUUCAAAUCAUUUCUUAGAUCCCUCCCAUUGCUUAAAAAUGUGGUAGAUGCAAAGCAAAAGCAUGGAGAUGCCUUAGAGGUGGUAAAGCGCUUUGUGGAAACAAAGUCCAAAGACCCCACACUGAACUACUACAAUACUCAUGAUGAUGGAGAUCCACUUUUGCAAGCUACAAAAUGUGGUAUAAUUGAAGUCGUCCAAGUAAUCCUCCAAGAGUUUCCAGAUGCCAUUGAAGUGCGGGACAAGAUCUCUGGCAAGAACAUCUUCCAUCUAGUUGCAGAGUUCCGUCAAGACAAAAUUUUUGACUUCUUGCAAUCUCAGAAAUUACCCAUAACAAAAAAAAUGCUGAUACAAGUUGACAAGAAGGGCAAUACACCUUUGCAUCUCGCGGCCAAGUAUGAAUUUUAUCAAAAGAGGCAUGUGCUUCCAAUGUUACAUCUAAUGCCAUGGGAGAUGUUCUGGUUUAAGCGUGUAGGACAUUUAUCUCCACGAGAGACAUACCAUCUUCAAAAUUCCGAAAGCCAAACACCCCAGGAGCUGUUCGAUAAUACUCACAAUGAAGUCUUACAACAUAGCGAGAGGUGGGUGAAGGAAAACACAACCGUCGUUAUGGUUAUAUCUACACUUAUUGUAGCCUCCAUGUUCACAGCAGCCUUAAGUAUCCCUGGGGGUUUCAGUUCUGAUAAGGGCAUUCCUGUUCUUAUUCAUCACAAAUACAUGAGAACAUACUUCUUCUCAGUGACAUCAGCCUUAUUCUUCUCACUUGGCACAUUGGGUUUUGCUCUAGAUAUUUACUGUAAACACUUUCAACACGAGGAUUUUUACUUUUCCUUACCCUUGAAAAAUUUUCUAUGUAGUUCGAGUCUCUUCUGCUGUGUGAUCUCUACAGUUGUAGCAUAUAUGAGUGCUCGCCAACUUGAGUCAUUGGCAACUUAUACACGUAUGGACUACAACCGUGGAGGAAUGAGUGCCAGCUUUUCAUUCUUAAUAGCUCUUCUUAUCUUCAUGGAUAUAAUGCUCCCAGUGUCUUGUUUCUUGAUAAAAAUGCUUUUUCAUUCUCUCUCUUCUCAGAAGUAGGAAUCUGCUGUAGUUUGAUGCCAUUGACAAUUGAGAGAGAAAGAUGUUGAAUUAUAGGAAGUGUGUUUUUGUUUUGAUUUAUUGGAUAUGUCAUGUCAUUUCUGAUGUGUAAUUACUUUUUUUAUUGUAAUUUUUCAAAAUAUCUC